UUCCUUCGUGGCCACCGCUGCCGGCACCAUGGGCAGUGAACAGAGCUCCGAGGUGGAGAGCCGACCCAACGAUCUGAACUCCUCAGUGACCCCUUCUCCAGCUAAGCACAGAGCCAAGAUGGAUGAUAUAGUGGUUGUAGCUCAGGGCUCCCAGGCCUCACGGAAUGUCAGUAACGACCCUGAUGUCAUCAAGUUGCAAGAGAUUCCAACCUUCCAGCCACUUUUGAAAGGUUUGUUGAGUGGCCAGACCUCCCCAACAAAUACCAAAUUGGAGAAAUUGGAUUCUCAGCAGGUGUUGCAGCUCUGCCUCCGCUAUCAGGAUCACCUGCAUCAGUGUGCAGAAGCUGUUGCUUUUGAUCAGAAUGCUUUGGUUAAACGAAUAAAAGAGAUGGAUCUGUCUGUAGAAACCCUCUUUAGCUUCAUGCAGGAGCGCCAGAAAAGAUAUGCCAAAUAUGCGGAGCAGAUCCAGAAAGUCAAUGAGAUGUCUGCCAUCCUCCGCCGCAUACAGAUGGGCAUUGACCAGACUGUACCCUUGAUGGAAAGGCUCAACGGCAUGCUGCCUGAAAGUGAGAGGCUGGAGCCCUUCAGCAUGAAACCAGACCGAGAGCUAAAGCUAUAG